AUGUUGAAGAUAGCCGCCACUCAAGUUCAUCAGCCGCCACCACCGGUUCCUCUCUCGUGUUCCGACCAGAUAGAACUCCGGCUACCGCCGCUUACUGCCUCGACAUCGAGAUGCCGUCACACCUUGCCGCCGGACACCAUGUGCGAACGAAGAAAACCACUGAGAGCGACUUUCGAGUGGUGUGAUGGCGUUCUCAGAUGCUUCUUCUCCUCUUUCUUCGUCCAUUCUCCUAUCCUACAAGUCCGACGCCGCCAUCUGUUGCCUCCGGUGAAGCCAAGGAAGAUGAAGACCACGUCGAGGCAUGUGGUGUUGCGGGUUUCUCAUCUUCGGCCAUUGCCUCAGUCACGUCGGCCGCUACAACGCUGUUGUCGGAGUUGUAUGCACCGGAGAGCAGUCGAGGACGAGGUUGCUGUUACGUUCGUCCUUCAUCACCAUUCACCUCCUCUUGUUUCUCUCCGAUUGCAGCUAGUUGGGGUCCCUUGUUGCCGCCGUUCACCACCCCGAAGGGGCUAUUGUGGGGUUUCGUGUGUAUCUCAGUCGAAGUAUGUGUGUGGGUGUUAUUGGUCGGAAAAGGCAUUACCACCUCCUACCGCCGGUAUGCUAUUUGUGGUGUUGCUGCCAUCGCUAAAUGCCACCAGUCGGAAAACCGGGAAUGGCCACCACCACCACCGUGAGGUGGUGGCUGCCACCAUGUGCCAUCGUAAAUUGAAAACCACCACCUUAGGGUGGUGGCUACCGCUUCCUGCCGCCACCGGCCGCCGUGUCGAGUGGCGGUGUGCUCGCUUUGUGAGUUUGAUUCGUUUAGGGUGCUUGUAA